UCCGUGUGCAACGGCCCGGGCAGGAGCCCUAGGUGUUUGCAGCGAGGCCAUGGCCGGGGCCGGGAGCGCAGCGCGGUGGCUGCUCCAGCCCGGCAGCGCGGAGCCCCCACGAGAGUGUUUGGCCCCUCUAAGAAAAGAGAGAGAAGCAGCCAAAACCGAGGAGCUGCUGAAACAGACGGAAGCCGAGAGGCAGAAGAUUGUCUGGGAGUGGAAGGAGCUGCGAGGGUUUCUGGAGGAGCAGGAGCAGCGGCUGCUGUCCCGGCUGGAAGAGCUAGAGAGAGCCAUUGUCCAGAGAAGGGAUGAGGGCAUCUGCAGACUGUCCUGGGAGUUUUCCCUGCUCAGCGAGAGGGGAAGAGAGAAGGGGCAGCAGCCGCUGAGCCAACCCCUGCAGGGUGCUGGGAACACUGGGGGCAGGAAGGAAGGGACGUUUCGGAAGCCGGAGCUGGGGUUUGUGGAGCUGGAGAAGAGACUCAGCCAUUUCUCUCUGAAAAGCGUCCACCUGCAGGAGGUGCUGUUGGGAUUCAAAGAGAUGCUGCAACAGGAGCUGAGGAGCGACACAGGUAUGUGUUUGUCUCUGAUGGGUCAUGGGGAAAUUUCAGACCAAUAACCAUGUUAGCGAAAGGGUAUCACGGCCUCUAGCUCCGAUGUGUACCUGGAAGCUAUAGAAUCAUAGAAUAUCAGAGUUGGAAGGGACCUCAAGAGGUCAUCUAGUCCAACGCCCUGCUCAAAGCAGGACCAAUUCCCAGCUAAAUCAUCCCAGCCAGGGCUUUGUCAAGCCGGGCCUCAAAAACCUCCAAGGAAGGAGACUCCACCACCUCCCUAGGUAACGCAUUCCAGUGUUUCACCACCCUCCUAGUGAAAUAGUUUUUCCUGAUAUCCAACCUGGACCUCCCCCACUGCAACUUGAGACCAUUGCUCCUUGUUCUGUCAUCUGCCACCACUGAGAACA